AUGUACGAUGGAAUAGAAGAUUUUUUACGCGGGGACAAUAGCAUAAUACCUAUAAGGUACUCUUACAAAGACAUAAAAAAGAUGACAGAACAAUUCAAGACAAAACUUGGCAAUGGAGGUUAUGGAUCUGUUUUCAAAGGACAACUUCGAAGUGGUCGUCUUGUAGCAAUCAAGUUAUUAGAUAAAGGCAAGUCCAAUGGCCAAGAUUUUAUAAAUGAAGUUGCUACCAUUGGUAGAAUUCACCAUGUUAACGUGGUACAUCUUAUUGGUUUUUGUGUGGAGGGUUCAAAACGCGCUCUUAUAUAUGAAUUCAUGCCAAAAGGGUCACUCGAAAAAUAUAUAUUUUCUCAUAUUGAGGAGGGAUAUUCCUUGAGUUGCGAAAAGUUGUAUGUGAUAUCUGUUGGAGUGGCUCGAGGUAUUCAGUAUUUGCAUAAUGGAUGCAAUAUGAAAAUCUUACACUUUGACAUAAAGCCUCACAACAUCCUUCUAGAUGAGGAUUUCAAUCCAAAAGUUUCUGAUUUUGGAUUAGCAAGACUUUGCCCUACAGAUAAAAGCAUUGUGUCACUAACUGCUGCUAGAGGAACCAUCGGAUACAUGGCCCCUGAACUAUUUUACAGAAAUGUUGGCACAAUAUCUUACAAAGCUGAUGUUUAUAGCUUUGGGAUGUUGUUAAUGGAGAUGGCUAGUAGAAGAAAGAACUUGAAUGCAUUGACCCAGCAAUCUAGUCAAAUUUAUUUCCCUUUUUGGAUUUAUGAUCAGUUACAUGAUGGAAGAGAAGUAACAAUUGAAAAUGACACAGAACAAGAGAUGAAAUUGGCAAAGAAAAUGAUGAUUGUAGCUCUGUGGUGUAUACAAACAAAACCUGAGGACCGUCCUUCAAUGGAUAAAGUGUUGGAGAUGCUUGAAGAAGAAGACGGGGAGUUGCCAAUGCCUAAUAAACCAUACUUUUGUCUACAAGAUGAACCAGUUGCAGAUGUUAGAGAUCAUAAUAUUGACAGCUCGUGGACUUCAUAUAGUACAUCUGUAGGUGAUUCCAAGAUACUAACCUGA